AUGCCUUACGGUCAACACGGUUUCUAUCAAGAUCCCCAGGGUUUCUAUGGCGGGGGCAUGAUGCCUCCUCAUUCUCAUUACUGGCCUCCCUAUCCUUUAGUCUCAACACCGCCAGUAGUACCGCCACCGGAAGCAAAAUCCCCCAAACCCACAACACCUGCUCCUGAACCUGCCCCAGCCCCUCCACCGGCCCCGGCCCCACCCCCUCCACCGCCACCAGUAGAUACGGCCAAGGACGAGCAAAUCGCGAGGCUUGAAAAGCUGAUUCUCGACGACCGGAUGGACCGUGAAGCGAAAGAAACCGCCAAAAGGCAGGCCAUUGAACGUGCGGCCGCUGAACAGGCAGCCCAAGAGGCCCAGUUAGCGCAUGAUAGAAAGAUCACUCAGGAGGCGGCGGCUCUCGCUCGGGCCGAUGCGGAAAAGAAGGCCGCAGAAGAUGCAGCAAAGGCCAAGGAAGAAGCAGAGAAGGCCACUGCCAGUGCGGCCUCUGAGGCUGCAGCUGCCGCGACGGCAGCGGCUAAUGAAGCUGCAGCGGCGGCGGCAGCGGCAGCGGCUGAAGCCGCUGCCAAGGCUGCCCGUGGACCAACACCGCCGCCACCUCCAGAGAAGAAGAAGCCUAUCAAAUUCAAAGAUGCUGUUGGGAGAAAGUUCAGCUUUCCGUUUGAGCUUUGUGCAACCUGGCAGGGUAUGGAAGAGCUCAUCCGACAGGCUUUCUUGCACAUUGAAGUCAUUGGGCCCCAUGUGGCCGAGGGUCACUAUGACCUGGUAGGCCCCAAUGGUGACAUUAUUCUUCCACAGGUCUGGGAAACUGUAAUUGAGCCCGACUGGGCCAUCACUAUGCACAUGUGGCCGAUUCCUGAAAAACCAAAAGAAGAACCUGCACCUGAACCGGCUCCGGAAAAGGCUCCGGAUCCACCACCACCUGAGGUGAAGAAAAAGCCGGAUGGUAAGAUCACUAGUCCUGAAUAUCCACCGAGACUCGCGCUGACUUUUAUUACAGCGCCUAAGAAGCCAAAAGCCAAAGGGCCAGAAGUGCCUGGCAGUUUUGCGAUGUGGAUGCUAGGCGGCACUAAUCGGCGAGGAGGUAAAGGGGGACUUAAAGUGGAAAAGAAGGUCGAGGCCCCAGCACCCGCACCUGCACCAUGA